CAAAAACAAACUAGUAAAAUAGUAUCCUGUGGUACCGAGUAAAAAAACUUAUGCUACCACGUACCGCCCAUAUGAGUAAAAAAAAACCGUUAAAAUUACCAAACCGCCAAGUCGACAGUGAGGACUGAGAGAUCUUGUUCGGUUAGAAGUUGAUAUUCUCGUGUGUUGUUGUGGUCUGAUUUUCAAUCGUUUAUGGCUCGAACCAACCAUAUACUGUUUACCCUUUUUUUUUUUCAAAUGUCAAUCUCCGCUAGCUAGGGCUAGCUUUGAUUUCCUCCAGAUCUGAAAUCACAGCUUCAACUCACUGAAUCUCCGUAUCUUCAAAAUGCAUAGCCGGAGUUCUCAGAAUCGGUUAUCUGGUUCCGCUCCUCGCUCGCGAGUUUCACCUCUUUUUCUGACAAUGUUGGCAACCAUGGCUACGGUUUAUGUUGCCGGCCGUCUGUGGCAGGAUGCAGAGGUUAGAGCUUAUUUGAUUCAAGAACUUGAUGAAAGAGCUAGUCAGGGUCAAUCUGUGCUAUCAGUAGAUGAUGAAACUUUCAAAACUAUACCCUGCAGUGAACAACAGAGGAAGUUAUCAGAUCUUGAAACGGAGCUGACUGCAGCUAGACAGGAGGGUUUCACUCUAAAGAGCCUGUCAAAAAAUGAUGAGACUCGUCCUACGAGAAAUCUUAUAGCUGUAAUAGGAAUCAUUACAACAUUUGGGCGCAGGAAAAAUAGAGAUGCGAUUCGCAAGGCGUGGAUGCCAACUGGAUCAGCUUUAAAGAAACUGGCAGAUGAAAAGGGCAUCAUUGUGCAGUUUGUAAUUGGACGAAGUUCAAAUCGUGGAGACAGUUUGGACAGAGAGAUUGAAGAAGAAAAUAGGCAAACCAACGAUUUCAUCGUUCUUGAGGAUCAAGUGGAAUCACCUGAGGAGCGUCCCAAAAAGAUAAAGUCAUUCCUCAUUCAUGCUGUAGAGAAUUGGGACGCCAAAUUUAUUGUUAAGGUCAAUGAUGAUGUUUUUGUUAAUAUUGAUGCCUUGGGAGCGAUCUUAAACAGUCAUUUGGACAAACAUGAUAUCUAUAUUGGGUGUAUGAAAUCAGGCCACGUCUUGUCUGAGCCGACCAACAAAUGGUACGAGCCAGACUGGUGGAAGUUUGGUGAUGCAAACUCAUAUUUUAGACACGCCUCUGGUGAGAUAUACGCCAUUUCUAGACAUCUGGCUCGGUAUGUAUCAAUAAACAGGUCUAUUCUUCGUACAUAUGCUUGUGAUGCUGUCAGUGUUGGAUCAUGGUUUAUUGGGCUUGACAUCGACCAUAUAGAUGAACAGAAGUUGUGCUGCUCAUCUCAGUCUGAAGGAGCAGUAUGUGCAAAUGCGUGGUGACGACACGGUCUUACUUCCUCACAAAAAUUUGUUGAAAACACAAUUAUAUGUCUCCUCCAAGAAAAAAGCAAAAAUUCUUUUCUGAUCCCAGUUCUUGCGAGUUUUUGUCUUUCGGAGGCAGAUUCAAAGAUGGUGGAUCUGUUCAUAUAGAGGAAGACUUCUCAACUAGAUAAAGUGGAAUGAAAUGUUGUUUUGGGAAUCUUCUAAAGGCUCCUCCAAAUUUAGUGAUCAUAUCUUCUCAUCCUCGGAUAUCCUUUAGACUCUUAUUUUUUGUACAAUGUAUCUGUCACCCACCUCAAUUUGACCAUUGGUCUCCAAUAGUGCCUUUGGAAUGUGGUUUAUAAGAGAAUAAUUUGUUUUACUUUUUGGCAGCGUCAGAUGUAGAGUUUGAUCCUCAUGUAGUGACAUAGCAAUGUAGAUAUUGAUACUCAUUUGGAUGA